AUGGUUGAAGGUCUCUUUACUCGCAACAAUGCGCUGAACGUCAAUGGCGACUCGCUCAAUGGCCAGCGCAGUCAGAUUAACAUCACCCCCCGGGGUUCCGACUGGUACUUUACCGUCUGCGCUGUAAUGACAGUUUCCUCCAUCGCCUUCGUCGGACUCGGACUGCGAAAGCCACGAACGCACCGUAUUUUCCACUACAUCACCGCCUCUAUCACCAUGGUCGCCGCCAUCGCAUACUUCACUAUGGGUGCCAACCUGGGCUGGGCUCCUAUCAUGGUUGAGUUCCAUCGUGGAAGCCACCUCGUUGCGGGCAACUAUCGCGAGAUCUUCUACGUCCGAUAUAUCGACUGGUUCAUCACUACACCCCUGCUUCUCAUGGAUCUUCUCCUCACCGCUGGUAUGCCUUGGCCUACAGUCCUGUAUGUCAUCCUCGUUGACGAGAUCAUGAUUGUUACUGGUCUUGUUGGUGCUUUGGUCAAGAGCUCCUACAAAUGGGGAUACUUUACUUUCGGCUGUGUCGCUCUCGUCUAUAUCGUCUACCAACUCGCCUGGGAAGCCCGCAAGCACGCCUAUCAUGUCGGCCAGGAUGUUGGCAAGGUCUUUGUCACUUGCGGUAGCUUGACAGCCCUCAUCUGGAUCCUCUACCCCAUCGCCUGGGGCGUCUGCGAGGGUGGCAAUGUCAUCUCUCCUGACUCUGAGGCUAUAUUCUACGGUAUCCUCGAUCUCAUCGCGAAGCCUGUCUUUGGUGCGCUGCUUCUCUUCGGCCAUCGCAACAUCGACCCCGCUCGCCUUGGACUCCGAAUCCGGGAUGUUGAUGAGCGCGUCCUGCCCGAGGGUCCCAAUGUCAAGCCCAGACAGCAGGGAACUGCCAACAACGGCGCUGUCAAUGUCCCUGACGCUACCACCACUGCUUAA